GGAUCCGGAAAAAACCUGUUGGCAUGGCGGAACGAUGGGAGGACACAUAUUUUCUCUCUUUAAAAGAAAGUGCAGACAUCAAAGUACAUGUACAUCUUACAGGUGAAAAAGUUACGCUGUACUCAAGUGACUCGAAUGUGGUGGGGGUCGAUUUCCACGAUCCCAGUCCAUGGCACCUUAGAACAACAUGGACAUGUGCGCCUGAUCCUGACAAAAACUAUCUCCAUCUCAGCAAUACGGAGCUCUGGACGCAACUGUGUGCAUUAAAGGACAAGGUUGAUACUGGUCAUGGGCAUUUGAUGACCAUGAAUGGACAUUUGGUAUUUGUGUUUGGACAUGACACAGAUAAUGAUGCUGGACUAAUGGUUGCUGAAAAGGCUAACAUAAACAAGGUCCUUCUGGCAUUUUUGAAAAAGAUUGACAACGAAGUGAAAGAUAUAAAGCUGACAUGUACAGUAGACUGGGAUGCGACUCAGGUCACAGGAAAGGACUCCAGCACUGAAAUCACUGACAAGAGCAAGGAACAGGAGGAGUCAUUUGUAACCAGGACACAAAGUGAACAGGAACUUUCUGAAGGUACUUUUUCCUUUACUGGGAUGACAGGAAGGAGCAAGGCAGAUAAGUCACUUGUGGCCGGAAGUAUAAGAGCAGAAGCAAUUAAUCAGUUUGAAGGCAAAACAUUGAUUGUGUUUAACGACAAGUCUACAGCUGGCCCGUAUGUAACAACCUGGAACUUCAAUUUUUUCUCCAACAAUCAUUUCUUGGAAAUCUCCCCGGAUUCAUGGCGAUGUUUGCGUAAAAACCUCACAGAAUCCUUUAUUUGUGAAAUUCUAAAGGCGGUUAGGGGGAGUCUGAUCCUUUACUUCGCACAUCCAACCAAAGAUGAUGCUAUUGACAUGAUCAUAAAGCACAAGAAGGUGAAACAUAUCAUCAUUCAGUGCCUGCGUGAGCUAGACAUCAAGGACAGCAGCAUACAGGUGGAGCUGCGAGAGUUGAGUGAGUCAGAAGUGCAGACAGCACAGACAUCAGGUAAAACCCCCAGGGAAUAAUCAGUCUCGAUUGUUGACCAAAACAGAUUUCAUUGAUCGUAAAUUGCGAAAAAGUGCUAAGUAGUAUAUCUAUGAAUUGCUGAAAAGCGUUGAUAACGCCACAUGUCUCCAAAAUAAUUUCAACUACAGGUAGGUACUGUGUCUGACAGGACCUGAACCGUAUUAUUUUUCCACAGCACCAGCCCUGUCUGCAAUGCUAUGAAGCAGUUGUAUAUUUUUCUCAGUUAUAGGCUCACUGGGU